UACACGCGUUUGAGUUUGUCUCGCAGGCAAGUUCGCUGUCGUCACGUGAAUGCAGGAGUAACGUGACUUUUGGGAGAAACGGGAAGUGAGUGAAUCAUGAUCAGAUGCCUGUUGGUCUUGAGAACUAUACCCGUGUCUGAAGUGGGAGAACUUCAGUAGGUCUCUUGUUUUUUCGGUUACCUUUAUGCUUGUGGUAGGUAAGUUAACCUAACAGUUAACUUGACGGGCAAAGGCAACAGCGCUCGACUCUAACUGCUGUUGAGGGAGGUGACUAUGGGGUCUUUGUUUCGGAGUGAGGAAGUUUGCCUUGUGCAACUUUUCCUUCAGUCCAGCUCAGCAUACAACUGUGUCAGUGAACUGGGAGAACUGGGAAUAGUGGAGUUCCGUGAUUUAAAUCCUAACGUGAAUGCAUUUCAGAGGAAGUUUGUAGGUGAGGUGAGGCGCUGUGAGGAAAUGGAGAAGACUUUUGCCUUCCUGGAGCAGGAGAUUGGCCGCUCUCUGUCGCCCACCCUGCGUACCCCUUUGAAGCAGCUACCCCUGCAAACCCCCCCAGCCCCCCAACCCAGGGAGCUGCUCACCAUCGAGGAGGAGAGUGAGAGGCUGGCUCGCGAGCUAAGAGAGGUUUCCAGGAACAGAGAUAGCCUCCGUGCUCAGCUUACCCAGCUGUGCCAAUACAAGGGAAUGCUCAGUCAGACCCUCUCUCUCACUGAAUCACAGGCUCCUCCGCCCUCCUUUGAAACCGCCGGCCGGCAGGAUGUGCGCCUCAGCUUCGUGGCGGGCGUAGUCCACCCCUGGAAAGUACCAUCCUUCGAACGGUUGCUAUGGCGAGCAUGUCGCGGUUACAUCAUUGUUGACUUCUGUGACAUGGAGGAAAAACUGGAGCACCCCGACUCUGGGGAGAUGAUCCAGUGGAAAGUCUUCCUCAUCUCUUACUGGGGAGACCAGAUUGGCCAGAAAGUGAAGAAGAUCUGUGACUGCUUCCACACACAGACCUUCCCGUAUCCAGACAGUGUUGCUGAGAGAGAGGAGAUUCUCGGUGGAUUGGGGGUGAGGAUUGAAGACAUCAAGUCGGUGAUGACUGAGACGGAGCAGUACCUGCAGCAGCUGCUGGUGAAGGCCCUGGCCGUGCUGCCCCAGUGGAAGGUGCGCGUGCAGAAGUGCAAGGCCGUGCACAUGGUGCUCAACCUGUGCAGCCCCUCCGUCACGGAGAAGUGCCUCAUCGCCGAGGCCUGGUGCCCCGUGAGCCAGCUGCCUGCCCUGCAGAGUGCCCUCAGAGAGGGGGGGAGGAAGACUGGUAGUGCAGUGGACUCAUUCUUCAACAGACUUCCCACCACAGUUUCCCCUCCUACCCUCUUUCCCACUAACUCCUUCUCCGUGGGCUUCCAGAACAUCGUGGAUGCUUAUGGAAUAGCCUCCUACAGGGAGGUAAACCCAGCGGUGUUCACCAUCAUCACAUUCCCCUUCCUGUUCGCCGUCAUGUUUGGGGACGUGGGUCACGGUAUGCUGAUGUCCUUAAUUGCUCUCUGGAUGGUGUUGGAAGAGAAAGACCCUAAACUGAGGAACAACACCAACGAGAUCUGGCGCAUGAUGUUUGGCGGGCGGUACCUGAUUCUACUGAUGGGGCUGUUCUCUGUGUACACGGGUGCCAUCUACAACGAGUGCUUCAGCCGAGGACUCAGUCCCUUCUCCUCUGGGUGGCACAUCCAACCCAUGGCCCAGCAUUACAACUGGACGGCUGAAGAUAUAAGUAACAAUCAAUACCUCACUUUGGAUCCUAAUGUCCCAGGGGUGUUCACUGGACCAUACCCUUUUGGCAUUGACCCAAUAUGGGGUAUGGCCAAUAAUCACUUAACGUUCCUCAAUUCAUACAAGAUGAAGAUGUCUGUAAUCAUUGGAGUUAUCCACAUGACCUUUGGCGUCUGUCUGUCCUUCUUCAACUACGUGCACUUCAAACAGUUCAGCUCUAUAUUUCUGGUGUUGAUCCCUGAGCUGAUGUUCAUGCUGUGUUUGUUCGGAUAUCUGGUAUUCAUGGUGAUUUUUAAGUGGCUGGCCUACGGACCUGCCGACUCCAACAAGGCACCCAGCAUUCUCAUCCACUUCAUAAACAUGUUCAUGUUCACUGAAAACGCGAGCAAUCCUCCUCUCUAUGAGGGACAGAUGAUGGUGCAGGCGGUUUUGGUGGUGGUGGCUCUGUGCGCUGUUCCUGUGUUGCUCCUGGGGAAGCCCAUUCACCUGUAUGUCCAGCACAAGAGAAGGGGCGGCCAUCUCACGGGGGACCGGCGGCCACUGCUGGCAGAGAAUGGUUCCAUAAAUGCCCAGCAGGUGGAGGUAGAGAGUGGCAGCCAUGCUGAAGAAGAGGAGUUUGACGCGGCAGAUGCGUUCAUGCACCAGGCCAUUCACACCAUAGAGUACUGCCUCGGCUGCAUCUCCAACACCGCGUCCUACCUGCGCCUGUGGGCGCUGAGCUUGGCCCACGCACAGCUGUCUGAGGUGCUCUGGGUGAUGGUGAUGAGGAUUGCGCUGAGGUCCCAGCCGUAUGUGGGCUCUGUGAUGCUGGCAGCCAUAUUUGCAGCCUUCGCAGUGCUCACGGUGUCCAUCCUGCUGGUCAUGGAGGGACUCUCUGCUUUCUUGCACGCACUUAGAUUGCACUGGGUGGAGUUUCAGAAUAAGUUCUACGGUGGAACCGGAUACAAGUUCAACCCAUUCGCAUUCACAUCCAUAAUCAGCAUUUCAUUAGGGAAUUAAUUCAUGACUUGUUUUUUGCCUAUUACAUGUUGUUGAAGAAUUAUGUAAUGAAAUCAUGCAUUUGAUAUGCACUACGGGCACCACCAUUUUAAAGAUGGCGUUUGCGGUCCUUUCUUUGUCUUUGCUUUUGUUUUUAAAAUUUUAAUUGCAUUAAUUCUUUAGUGGUAUGUUAUAGCUUUGGUAUUCUGUUCAAUCCCAUUGGUGACUUCACCUCUCAAAUCUCUGUACCAUUGACGUGACCAAUAUAUGUGCCAAACAAAUUUUGUGACGUACAUUAAGUGCGACUGAGACUGACUCGAAGGUCGUCAUGAACGUUUCUCCUAUCGAUACAACCAUUUUUUUCUUACCUGAUGACAUGCCAGAUCCCUGAGGAAAUCAAACAUUUUACAGAUCAGUGUAAACUUCACAGAAAACAUUUUUUGUCAUAUAUGAAAAUUGUUACUGAUCCAUGAACAGACACCUGUCACUGUCACAGAUAUUUUGCCUCUAGUGUCUCCAAACGUUACCCAUACAGUGUUUCUACCUCAUGGAGUAAAUGCAUCGCCUAAAUGUCUUAGAAACGUGUACACUUUGAGUGCUCCACUUUUGACAAUGAACUUUGUGGGGUUUGUAGGAGCUGAUUUAGAGAAGCAUCAUGCGAAUGGUCCCGUUUAGUUCUCCUUCCCCUCGAAAUGAUUCCAAUGCUUCAAAGACCAUUCUAAGCUGUUUUUUCAUCUUUUUUUGAUGAUUUCAUGAACAACAUCCCAAUAUUUUAUGAAGUCGUUUUUAUUUACUUAGACCAUGUCAGAUUGUAGCCUAACAUUCACAUUUUUUCUCUCCCACCUCUGGAAACAUGGAUUUACAUGUAUUGACUGACAGUCUGUCAUUUCCCCCCUAAAUUUGAUCAAAUGUUUUACAAGUUGCUUUGAACAAAAGGGUCCAAACUAUAACUUUAACUAUGUAAUGUGUCUGCUACAGUCCUCAAGCAGUCCGUAUAAAUUAACCAAAGAAUUGCAUCGUGGAAGUGGAAGUGACGAUCUGAUAUAAAAAAUAAAGUGGCAUUUAAGUGUCUCAACCAGCAUGACAUUGAAGACAAAACUGGAUGUGGCAGGUAGCAAGCACAGUAAAACAAAGAGAAAAAAAAUACUUCUGUGGGCCAAUGUAAUUCUCUCUGUGGAAUGAGUUCACCCGACUGAACAGCUUUAAAAUUAUUUUUGUGAUCAUUGUCCGUGUUUUUCACUUUUUGUUUCACUUGUUUGAGCUGGUUUAAUGGAUGCUUAUUAAAGGGAAAACUAGCCGAUGAAUACUGUGAUCAUGUAUCCUUGGCUACUUGAAAUAACA